AUUAUUGGCCGCCAUUUGUCUCAUAAGAAAUGAAGUCAAAUGAAGAUUUGAAACAAUUAGACAACAAAUCAGUGGCCGAAACAAUGAUUCAGAUCGUAGAGGGAUGUCGAGUGCCCACCAAAAUGAGAUACUCCGAUGACUGGCCUUUGGCCGAAAUUCUCAGCAUUAGAGAGACUUCGAGCGGAGACACACUUUAUUACAUCCAUUAUAUUGAUUACAACAAACGUCUGGACGAAUGGGUGUCCAAAGAGAGACUCGAUUUACAGAAAUUACAAUUACCGGAGAGGAAGGACAUUAAGAACUCGCUGAAGAACGGCUCCAGACCUUCGUCUCCAGAACGAGAGAUUACCAUCGACAGAGACAUCGAUGUCUCUCAAGAGAGUUAUUCCAUUCAAAACCAGAGCCAAAGUGAGACAAACUGUCAGAAUGUGGUGAAAGACGUGACGCUAGAGAACGGGAAUUCAGAGGCGAGCACUGCGUUGACAGCUGCGCCUCAUUUGCCCAAAAAGACAUUACAGCCUUCCGGACGGAAACGCAAGUUUGGUGUCAUUUCCACUCCGACGACGCCUGUCGUUGAAGAUCAGGACUCGCAGGACACAGAUCCUUGUGUUCCGCCAUUGGCUGCCGGCGCGAGCGGUGCAGUGAUAGCCCCGCGAACGAGCGGUAGUCUGACUGUCCAUCACAGCGACGAUAUCAUAACCCGUAUUAAGAACAUAGAGAUGUUAGAGUUGGGUCGGCAUCGGAUCAAACCGUGGUAUUUCUCGCCCUAUCCCUCAGAACUGGCGUCUCUUCCGUGCAUUUAUUUGUGUGAGUUUUGUCUGAAAUACCUGAAGUCGCGGAAGUGUUUGCAUCGACACAGUGUCAAGUGUGCGCUCAGACACCCGCCCGGCAAUGAGAUCUACCGAAAGGCCACCGUUUCCUUCUUCGAGAUCGACGGACGAAAGAACAAGUUUUACGCACAAAAUCUGUGUCUUUUAGCCAAAUGUUUUCUGGACCACAAGACCCUCUACUACGACACGGAUCCCUUCCUCUUCUACGUGAUGACCGAAAUAGACAACAGAGGCUUUCAUAUCGUCGGCUACUUUUCCANCACAAAAUCUACCCUCUACUACGACACGGAUCCCUUCCUCUUCUACGUGAUGACCGAAAUAGACAACAGAGGCUUUCAUAUCGUCGGCUACUUUUCCAAAGAGAAGGAGUCCUCCGAGGACUACAACGUGGCCUGUAUUCUCACACUUCCUCCCUAUCAACGCAAGGGUUACGGAAAGCUAUUAAUUGAAUUCAGUUACGAAUUGUCCAAAUUUGAGGGCAAGACUGGAAGUCCUGAGAAGCCAUUGAGUGAUUUGGGACUCCUAUCGUAUCGGAGCUAUUGGUCGGAAACGAUUCUCGAUAUAUUAGUCAACUUGAAAACAGUGGAACCCAAUGAGAAGCCAUUGAUGACAAUCAACGAGUUGUCUGAAGUGACUUCCAUCAAGAAAGAGGAUGUGAUCUCAACCCUACAAUACCUCAAUCUAAUCAACUAUUAUAAGGGACAGUACAUCAUAACCAUCACCAAAGAGGUGCUCACGUAUUACGACAGGGCUUUCCAGAAGCGCAAAGUUCGCAUCGAUUCCAAAUGUCUUCACUGGACGCCCAAGGAUUGGUCCAAACGCGGCAAAUGG